AUGUCCACUCGCCCAAGCCUCAACCGGGCCAAGGUGCUCGCUGCCGCGGCCCUGGUUGCCGCGAGCUCUCUUGCCAACGCCGGACCCUGCGACAUAUACGCCUCUGGCAACACGCCGUGCGUAGCUGCGCAUGGCACCACCCGCGCCCUGUACAGCCACUACUCGGGGCCUUUGUACCAGGUGUCGCGCGGCUCCGAUGGGUCUACAAAGGACAUCACGCCCAUGUCCGCCGGGGGCGUGGCCAACGCCGCGUCGCAGGACUCGUUCUGCGCCGGCACGACGUGCCUCAUCACCAUCAUCUACGACCAGUCCGGCAACGGCAACCACCUGACGCAGGCUCCGCCGGGGGGCGCGGCCAGGGGGCCAAACGGCAACGGCUACGACUACCUGGCCAGCGCGAUCGGGGCGCCCGUGACGCUGGGCGGGCACAAGGCGUACGGCGUCUUCAUCUCGCCCUUUACGGGCUACCGCAACAACGAGGCCAAGCUGACGGCCACCGGGGACGGGGCGCAGGGCAUGUACGCGGUGCUGGACGGGACGCACCACAACAGGGCGUGCUGCUUCGACUACGGCAACGCCGAGACCAACUCGCUCGACACGGGCAACGGGCACAUGGAGGCCAUCUACUUUGGCAGCGGCGACGGGAACCGGGGGACGGGCGCCGGCAACGGGCCGUGGAUCAUGGCGGACCUGGAGAACGGGCUCUUCUCGGGCUUCAGCCACGACAACAACGACGGCGACCCGAGCAUGACGUCGCGCUUCGUGACGGCGGUCGUCAAGGGCAAGCCGGGCCGGUGGGCGAUCCGCGGCGGCGACGGGGCGUCGGGCCAGCUGUCGACCUUUUACGACGGCAGGCGGCCGGACGGCGGCUACGACCCGAUGAAGAAGGAGGGCGCCAUCAUCCUGGGCAUCGGCGGCGACAACAGCAACUGGGCGCAGGGCACCUUUUACGAGGGCGUCAUGACCAGCGGGUACCCGGGCGACGACACCGAGAACAAGGUGCAGGCCGACAUCGUGGCCGCCAGGUACGCCACCACGUCCCUGACCAGCGGGCCCAAGCUGCACGCCGGCUACUCCAUCUCGCUGCGGGCCACGACGGCCUGCUGCAGGGGCAGCUACGUCGCCCACAGCGGCUCCGACGUCCAGAUCCAGGACGUCACCUCGUCCAGCGGCGACGACCUCAAGCGCCGCGCCAGCUGGACCGUCCGCGCCGGCCUCGGCAACGGCGCCUGCUUCUCCUUCGAGUCCAACGACUCGCCCGGCAGCUUCAUCCGCCACGCAAACUACGCCCUCCGCCUCGACCGCAACGACGGCGGCAAGCUCUUCGCCGAGGACGCCACCUUUUGCCCCCAGAUCAGCCUCAACGGCCAGGGCACCUCCCUGCGGUCCUGGAGCUAUCCCACCCGCUACUGGCGCCACUACAGGAGCGUCAUGCACAUUGCCAGCAACGGCGGCCCCUUUGUCUUUGACGCCGCGACCCUCUUCAACGACGACGUGAGCUUCAUGGUCAGCGACGGCUGGGCGUAG